UUCAAAACAUUCCAACAGGACUGAAACGACGAGGGGGCGGGGCUAUUGAUUACCAGAUUGGCUGUAAGCCUGGCAUUUGCUAUAAAAACACAUAGUCCUCUUCACAUCAUCACCGUUUGUCUUACAGACUGCAUCGUGCAAAAGAAUGUCUGCUUCGCUGAGAUUUCGUGCAGCAUUAUUGCUGUCAGCAAUGGCUUUGCUUCUCACAGCAGUUUAUGCUGGAGAGCAAGUGACAACCUGUGAUUGGUAUCGUUUAAACAUCCAUCGCCUGCACUGUGAUCAUGGCGUGAUCAACGUGGAGCAGGCUUUGUAUGGUCGCUCAAGUUCACUGAUCUGCCAUGAGGGCAAAUCUCAUCAAGAGCUGGCUAACGUACGGUGUGCUCAGCAAGGCACUUUCGACAAAAUUAAGACAAGAUGCAAUGGAAAGACGGUGUGCGAAGUGGGCAUCAAUGACUUGCGCAACCCCGAUCCAUGUCCUGGCACCUUCAAAUAUUUGCAAACAAACUUCACCUGCUUGUAUGCAUUUACUAGUGUGGCGUGUGAACAGUCAGAGGCAUAUUUGUAUUGUGAUCCACAAACUGUUAUUUUGGUCUACGGUGCUGACUACGGACGCCGUGACCGAGUGACGUGCGCAAACAAAAGGCAGCUAAAAGAGAUUGAAAAUACAAACUGUCUGCACCCAACGGACAUUGUCGCCUCAAGGUGCAACGGAAAACACAGCUGUAGGAUCGCAGCCACCAAUUAUUUGUUUGGAGACCCCUGUGUAGGCACCUACAAGUACUUGGAAGUUUCUUACACAUGUCACUCUCCAGGGAGUGAUCUCAAAAAUGCUUACUAAAUUUGUGGUUACAG